AGCCUAGCGGACCUGAGGCCGAGAUCCAUUCCUUCCCGCUGCCUUCGGCACCCCAGCGAGUCUCCGCCAGGUUCUCCACGUCUCCAGCCCUAGCAUUUCGAGCCACUGCGUCCCUGCACCGAGUCCCUGCGUCCCCACAUCCAGGCCGACCAAGAACAUGCGCUGCGUUCCGACGGCAGGCGCAGCCCUGAUGCUGUGCGCCGCCACCGCCGGGCUGCUGAGCGCUCAGGGCCGCCCCGCGCCGCCCGAGCCGCCCCGCUUCGCGUCCUGGGACGAGAUGAACGUGCUGGCCCACGGGCUGCUGCAGCUCGGCCACGGGCUGCGAGAACACGUGGAGCGCACCCGUGGACAGCUGGGCGCGCUGGAGCAGCGCCUGGCCGCCUGCGGGGCUGCUUGCCAGGGGUCUGAGGCGUCCUCCAAGCCCUCAAAAGCCCCCGAGAGCGUGGUUCCUGGUGGUGAGGCGAUCCCCGAAACCCGGGUUCCCGGGGGCGAGGCGGUCCCCGAGACCCUCCGCAGCUUGCAGACGCAGCUCAAGGCUCAGAACAGCAGGAUCGAACAACUGUUCCAGAAGGUGGCCCAGCAACAGCGACACCUGGAGAAGCAGCACCUGAGAAUCCAGAAUCUGCAGAGCCAGGUUGGCCUCCUGACUCCCCCACACCUUGACAAUGGAGUGACCAAGCCUGCCAAAAGAAAGAGGCUACCCAAGAUGGCCCCACUUGGCCUGGAACACAAUACCACCCGCCUUCACAGACUGCCCCGGGACUGCCAGGAGCUCUUUGAAGCUGGUGAGAGACAAAGUGGACUGUUCCAGAUCCAGCCUCAAGGGUCCCCACCUUUCCUGGUCAACUGCAAAAUGACCUCAGAUGGAGGCUGGACAGUGAUUCAGAGGCGCCAGGAUGGCUCUGUGGACUUCAAUCGGCCCUGGGAAGCCUACAAGACAGGCUUCGGGGAUCCCCAAGGCGAGUUCUGGCUGGGCCUGGAGAAGAUGCACAGUAUCACAGGGGACCGUGGCAGCCGCCUGGCUGUGCAGCUCAAGGACUGGGAGGGCAACGCCGAAUCGCUGCAGUUUCCUGUCCACCUGGGAGGUGAGGACACAGCCUACAGCCUGCAGCUCACGGAGCCGGUGGCCAGCGAGCUGGGUGCCACCACCAUCACGCCCAGUGGACUCUCUCUGCCCUUCUCCACGUGGGACCAGGACCAUGACCUUCGCGGGGACCUGAACUGUGCCAAGAGCCUCUCUGGUGGCUGGUGGUUUGGCACCUGUGGCCACUCCAACCUCAAUGGCCAGUACUUCCGCUCCAUCCCACGGCAACGGCAGCAGCGUAAGAAGGGAAUCUUCUGGAAGACUUGGCGAGGCCGCUACUACCCGCUGCAGGCUACCACUAUGCUGAUCCAGCCCACAGAGGCUGUAGCAGCUUCCUAGCCACCUUGCAAGGGCCUGGUCCCAGGCUCUAGAGGACAGUGACUUUGGCUCUGGCCCAAGGAUAUGGUACUCUCUGCCUGAGCAGGAGCUCUAAGCAGGGGCCACUGGAGCUUCUUGAACAGAGAUGAAGCCCAUGACUGGAGAGGCCCCUUCCUGAGUGGGGACCACACGUUGCCCUCUGAAAUAGAGCUGCAGGGCACACACAGACCCUGGAAACCUGGGUAGAGGGGCAUUGAGUCCCAUUUCUCGCCCGCCCGAGGAGUGGGGGACACAGAGGGACCACUUGGGGCUGGCCAGGCCAGCCCUUGAUGGCGGACUCAGUCACAUUGACUGGUGGGGUUCAGGGCUCCCUGGGGCCCUGGAUGCCCUCAUGGUGCUGUUGUGUGUGGGUGCUGUGGCAUGAGCUGGCACCAGUGAUGGUGUCUGGGUGGAGUCCACAGAAUUCUUGGAAUAAAAGCAACAUUAGAACAUUU